GGAGAAGCUUCAGCCAGCUUCAUUCGAUUUCCAAAGCUCAGGCUCCAACAUUUCGCAACAAUGGCAGCGCCAGCGUCAGCAUACAAGGACCGGCAAUUCAUUGCUGUCAUUGGGGACGAAGACUCAGUCACUGGCCUAUUGCUUGCAGGCAUUGGGCAUAUCACCGACCCCCCCGACUCACAGAAGAACUUUCUCGUGUGCGAUGCAAAGACCGAGAAGCCCCAAAUCGAGCAAGCAUUCAACAGAUUUACGAAAGAGCGGAAAGAUAUUGGAAUCGUUUUAAUAAAUCAACAUAUUGCCGAGCAAAUUCGAGACACUGUCGACAGAUUCCAAGAUCCGUUCCCUGCUGUCCUCGAAAUUCCAAGCAAAGAUCACCCUUAUGACCCGGAGAAGGACAGUGUACUACGGCGGGUAAGGAGACUGUUCGGCGAAUGAGUCAGGCAUGCAUACAUACAUACACACAGAGCUACCAUUGUACAAUCCGUUGUCGGCAACGAUGUCUCCCAGAAUUGGGUGAAUGGCCAAGCAAGCCGAAAGACGUAUCUGUCCUCCAGGCCCCAUUUUAUACGGGUAUCUCUAAUAGCUUUACGGGCCACGACUAUUCGAUGAGGAUUAUGAUUGCCAGCAAUUGAACGGGGUCAUGAGAAUAGCAUCCGUCAAGUUGUUGAAGGGGCACCGUUCGACGUCGCGGAACCGGUCAAUACAAAGAAGAUGCCUUCCUUACAAGCUCUCGGACCAUUCAUUCCUUCACUCCAAUUCUUCACUCCAAUUCUUGAACACAUUUGAAGAUGUCCAUCUGUUACUCACACAGUUACAGGAUUCUCACACAUCUUCUGCAGGGCGGAGAGAGCCUGCAAUUACUGUCCUUCAGACUGCUAUCCGGGCAAACGUUGAGCCGAUGUCCUGACGCACCCCAACCAGGCAUCAUCCAUCACCCAUGAGACACGUUCAUUUCGCUUUCUUGUCUUGGCGAAAAAAAAAGGGAGCGCGCAAACGAUGUUCAGGGCACACCUUUUCCCUACACAACUGCCCACAAAAAUUGCAAAAAACUCAGCUUGUGAGAAAACCCAGUCAAGGGUUUUUUUGGUUUCGCAUUCAGUUAGCUGGGCGAUGAGUUGCUCCCACCUAUAGCUUAUCCUAGACCAGAGCUCCUGCGCAUUUUCGGGGAACCACUAUGAGCAUAUCCGAAGUCAUCAUAUCAUCCGAAUUAGGGAGUUACAAAGUAGAGCUCCUACGUUUCAAUGAUCCUUGGCUAUUCACUUCUGGCUGCGAGUUAGGGAGAUGAGGAUGAGACUGUGGACGAGACUUAUUUCCAAAUCACUUUGCAGGUCGAAUGUUGACUGGAAUUUGGCGACACAAAUAUAUAUUAACGAGGCGGCUGCCGGUGGUCCAAUCUGCACUAUGAACAGAUGCCACGAGUAAUACGGCUCUUACCAAGCUCGACGAGAAACCGGGUUGUGACAUGCACCAUCCUCCGGGGAAAAUGUAGAUUUCCCAUAUCAUGAAACCUGCCAGACGGUUCACGUUCUCUCAAUGGCUGGGGAUGCUUUAGCCACGCCAGGGCCGGGGAGAAACAGUCACGGUCUCCUGGGCUGAAGCCACAGCGAGCAUAAACCCAGUAGGGAGGAGUGUAUUAUCAGUGUCAACUUGUCUCGGGGUCCUCUCGUAUGUAUCUCUGGCAAACGAGGGUCAAAAGCGCUUUUGGUCAAUGGGUCUUCGCAUUCUUCGGCAACAAGCCACAUAACUCUGGUCAUCCCAAGCAAGAGACU